AUGGAUACCCCACGACGGAGUCGAAACCGUGCUGCAUGCCGGCGUUGCCAGAGACGCAAGAUUCGCUGCAAUGGUGAACUUCCGAGUUGCGGCGCCUGUAUCAAGGCAAAUGUGCCAUGUGUUAAUGAUGGCAAGCAGGAGGUCAACCGCACAUACAUUGCAAACCUGCAGAGGCGUGUUCAGUGGCUCGAGUCUUUAGUCCGCGAGCAAAGAACCGAUGUCUCUUUGGAAGGUGGUCCGCCUCUUUAUUCUAAUGAAUAUGCAAAUGACGAAACUCUUGGUUUUGAAGAGGGUAGUCAGGGUGCUGCGGCGAUGACAUCCCCUCGGCAAGAUCAGCCUCUGCCAAUUGAAAAUACGCAACAAUCCCGCACACAGUCAAGACAGGCACAUGAAAUUGGCCUGGUUACGCUUUCUUCUGGCGGAGAGGCACGAUAUAUCGGCCCUUCAAGUGGCUACUUUCUUGCGAAUCUUGUCUUCUCUAGUGCUGGUCGGCGAUCAAGACCACCGGGCAAUCGCAGCGUAGACGAGCCAAUCUCGCUCUCGGCAGAGUUAUUCAAUACCCCUGCCGUGUUACCCUCUCGAAGAGAAGAUGCGAUCGAGCUCUCUUCAAAGUACUUUUCCACUGUUCAUCUUCUCUAUCCGUUUCUCCAUGAGCCGUCUCAUAUGUCACGCUUGGAAAGAAUGUAUACGGAAGAGUCAGCGGCAAAGCCUGAUCCCUCGAAUGCUUUUCAUGUUUACAUGGUACUCGCAAUAGCGGCGUCAGAUCUCUCGCGACGGUUUAGGCUUCGAUUACCAGCUGAGGGAUACUAUACUGCGGCAACACAAUACUUUGAAAGUGCUUGUGCUGAAGGGUCUCUAGAAAGCCUUCAAAGUCAACUUCUUCUCAUGGUCUAUGCUUUACAUAAUCCUUCUUGUGGAGUGAACAUCUGGGGUUUGAAUUAUCAAUGCCUAGGUGCACUGAUCGAUCUUGGUCUUCAGCGAGAUAUACGCACCUCGUCCUCAUUCCGUGUUUCAUUUUUGGAACAAGAGAUGCGAACCCGAAUAUUUUGGGUCGUGUACAGUUUUGACCGAACAUUGGGUACGAUGAUGGGGCGGCCGAUCGGUGUGAGAGAUGAAGCAUGUGAGCUUCGGCUUCCAUCGGAUGUCGCGGAUAGGCACCUCGCUGAUGCUGUUGCUGGUGAGAGGUCUCACGACACACCUUCUCACAUCACAUACUCAAUUCAUCUGUUCAAACUCGCAAAGCUGAACUCUGAAAUCAAAUACGUCAUGCAUAGUAUCUGUCGAGAUCCUCCCAAAUACGCAUACCCACCAGUCCCCGAUAUCCAUCAUUGGCAAAAAGACAUGAUCGAUCGGCUGAAAAUAUGGCACGCGGAAAUCCCCCGUACCGCCAAUAUGGCAUCAAUCGCCAAACUCUGCGAGACCAAAUAUCACGAGAUGAUGAUCUUGGUGCUCAGGCCAAGUCCUGGUAUUCCAGAUCCGUCGGAAGAAUUACUAGCACAGUGCUUUCAACACGCGGUCGAACUACUCCGUGGCUUUGGGGAGCUGUACAAACAGGAAUCACUACUGUAUAGCAGACUGGUUGUGCAUUCUAUCUUUCUCAGCACAUUGAUUAUGCUUCACUGUCUCUGGAGACUACCGCAGGUCACAUCACAGAUUCAAAUUGAUGACCUGGUCGCUGAUACAGGUAUUGGAAUGAAUAUUCUAAGCAGCAUUGGGGAAUACUGGACAGAGGCUAGGCGAGCAAGAGAUUGUAUCCAUGAACUUUCGGGUGCUACAGUACAGCGCCUGCUCCGGUUGCGCACCUUGGAGGUAUCGCCGCGACUAUCUCGAGCCCAGCCUACCGCAAGCACCGCGAGGCACACCCGAUCAUACAGUUCUAAUGAAGCUCCUGGUUCAGCUUUGCCGGAACAGGUAGACUCUGCCAUCGACAUUGCCCCCUCAACGGGCUCAUAUCCAGACAGUUACGACUACAGUCUGGAUGGUUCAAGUUGUCUAAAUGAUGCGAUGCCCGGUGGUUUCAUGGAUUUCUCGGGGGUGCCUGAUUUUGAUAGCAUCAUUCAACAGUAUCUAGAUCCGAAUGCAGUGGUGUGGAACUAG